AUGUGUCCAGGCCACGGGCAUGCGCCGGCCUCUACCGGCAGCCCGAGUAACACCGGCCCCGGUGACUCGGAACCUUUUCCCUGGGAGAUCGGGGCCUUUGACGCACACUGUCACCCUACAACCACGCCCGCCUCUAUCGCUCGUAUUCCCACAAUGCGGGCCCGGGCGAUAACCGUCAUGGCCUCCCGCGCCCAGGACCAGGCCCUGUCGGCCACCGCUGCAGAUGACCAUGGUGUCCCCAGCCGCUCACAACUGCAGUCGCGGUCGCUGGAUCCCAGCGCUUCAGUCGGCAGGGUUGUCCCUGCCUUUGGCUACCAUCCCUGGUUCUCGCACCUGAUCUACGACGACUCGGCGUCCUCCCAGCUCGACAAGGCCGCCCACUUCGCCUCGGUCCUCAAGCCGUCUCCGGCCUCGGACCCGGACUUUCUCGCCAGCCUGCCCGACCCGGAGCCUCUGUCGUCCGUCGUCGCCGCGGCAAAAGAGAGGUUGCUCCGCUACCCGACCGCCAUGGUCGGCGAGGUAGGUCUCGACAAGGCCUUUCGGCUCCCGCAGCCCCGUGAGUCGGGGCCGGACGGCGAGAUCGAUCCGCCCGCCGAGGACGAGCGCGACAUGGUCCCCGGUGGGCGGUACGGCCGCAUGCUGAGCAAGUACCGAGUGAACCUGGCGCACCAGGAGCGCGUCUUCCUGGCCCAGGUCGCUCUGGCGGGGGAGCUCGGGCGGGCCGUGAGCGUGCACGGGGUGCAGUGCUCCGGUCUGCUGCUGGACGCGCUCUCCAAGACGUGGAAGGGCUACGAGAGGGAGGUCGUCAGCCGGCGGAAGCAGAGGCUGGUGGCCAAGAACGCCCAGGCCUGGGAGGAGUACGACUCGGACGAAGAGGACGAGCCGCAGCAGACCGAAGUCGGCGCGAAGCCUUUUCCUCCGCGGAUAUGCCUCCACUCCUUCUCUGGUUCGGCCGAAGUGUUGAAGCAGUACAUGGACCCGCGCAUACCGUCCAAAAUCUUCUUUUCCUUCUCAGUUGCGAUAAACAUGGGUACCGCCUCGGUCGAGGAGAAAGUACCAGAGAUAAUACGAGCCUGUCCAGAUGAUAGGAUACUUGUAGAAACCGAUCUGCAUCUUGCCGGCGACGAGAUGGAUUCGAUGUUGGAGAAAAUGUACCGUCAUGUGUGCAACAUAAAAGGCUGGGCAAUAAAAGAAGGCAUAGAGAGGAUAGCCAGGAACUAUGAAGAUUUCGUUUGUGGCUAG